AUGAACAAAUUAAUUAUAGUUGUACUUCUUGGAUUGGCAUCUGCAUAAUUGCAAAGUGUUUAAACCCUAAAUGUUACUUAAUAUUUAGGUAACUGGUAUGAAGUAGCCAGUAGUCCUUGGGUUCAUUUAACAUUUGAAAAAGAUGCUUAUUGCACUAGAGCUACUUAUGGUUUAUAAUCAGAUGGAAAUUUAAGUGUUUUAAAUAUGGAGAGAUAUGGAUCUCCUACAGGUGAAGUGAAAGAAAUAACUGGUUAUGCUUACAUUCCAAAUCCAGAAUAACCAGGUUAAUUAAAAGUACAUUUAGAUGGAGCACCAUUUGAAUAUGCUGAUUAUUGGAUUGUUUAAUUAGGACCAGUCAAAAAUGACUAAUAUUAAUGGGUUAUUGUAAGUGAACCAACUAAAUUCUUUAUGUGGGUAUUAGCCAGAGAUCCAGUUGAAUACAACUUAUUGUAUGCAACAUAAGUCUAGAAUACAGUAUCUAAUACUCUAUAAUUCGAUGGACGUUUCAAUUAAUAUGUAGCUAGACCAUGGACUGGAUGUAUUCCAUAUGGUGAUGCUUAAUGAACAACAUUUGAUAUCAUUAUAUAUAAAUUAAGACUUAUUAGUUCUCAAGAAUAUUCUUAAAAUUAUUAUAUAUAAAUCUAAUUUAAAUUAUUAUUUAAAUCCUAUCUAUAUAUAUCAAUAUCAUUUCUUAUAAAGUUAUCUAAUAUCUCUCUAUUUUAUAUUAAAUUAUCACUUCAUCACUUCUCUAAUAUUAUUAUUAUU